ACAUAAUCGUAUAAAUAACGCAAACAAUUUGGUACAUCGUAUUUUUACUAUCUCUUUUUGUAGAAAAUAGUAAAUCUAAAUUUUCUUACUUUGUUCCGUCAAAAUUUCAUGUCUAGUUUAUUUUUCCAAAAUUUGGCUAAUAAAUACAUUUUGCAAAUUCUUUGUGUAUGGUAGAAGCAUUAAAGGAAGACGUGUGAGGUCAGUACUAACCUACCUAGGACUGUACCAGGAAACUAGAAGGUUUUGCAACAAGAAAGAAUGUCAUUUCAGACAAAUUCAAUGCAUUUAGUAUAUGAACCAGAGACUCAGAAUAACUACAGUUCAAAUUCUCGAGAAUUCGAUAAAGAAAAUAAAGAUCCAGUCUUUACAGAUUUCAACGGGGCGUCCAACCUUCUGUCGGGGACAUUUACAUUUACGCCUCGCUUUCUUAACAAAAACUCGUAUUGGAACUUUCAUCAGAACGAUCAGGAAAGCAAGACUUCUUUAGUGGAAAAGCUGUCGAAAGAUUUAAUGGCACGUGAUAGUUUCAAGACGCUGAAAAGAAAGGCGCUCAAACGCAAAGUUAGUGUAAGAUCUCGACAACAUCUCAUACCUCUUUCAGAACAACUUCAACAGGAGCGUGGCGAAAUAGAGGCCGCCGGAUUUUCCGCGACCCUGAUCGAAUCCAAUGAUACCUCCCACUUCCUAGAGCCAACUUGCAGUGCAAGCACUUCCGUUACCACUGAAUCCGUUCGCAACAUUGUUCGCGAGGAGUUAAAGACUCAAUUACUCAAUUUGAGACUUGCCGAAAAAAUACGCAACCAUUCAAAAGCCAAAAAAUGCAUUGACAGCACGCAGAGUUCCAAACCAUCCUCCAGUAGUGAGAACCACAAUGUGUCGAGUGUUUUAAAUGAAUCCAGCAAUAUGAACUUUGAAAUUGAGACUGACCUACCACCUUGUGAUCUGGAGUGUUUUGAUGAAUCCGAAGAAAAGUCCGUAAGCAUAACACACGGAAAUGAAAAUGAAAAUAUAUCAGACUAUCAAGAUACACCGAAUGCUAUAUCGGAAAAGGGCUUUAUGCUUGAUGAAUCCGGGCUGACGCCCUCCCAAAAGAGCUUCCGUACUAUCCUGCAGAUGCAGAUCGAAAUUUGGAGAAAACUAUUGAAAUUAAAGGAGAGCACCGAAGCCUUGGAGAGAAUCGCUUUAAAUCGUCAGCUCGAAUGUGAGGAUAAUUCUUUUUUUGGGGAAAACGAACUGAGCUCUGUGGUGACUGCUGAUAACGUGUCUCCCGACUCCCUUUUCAAUACUUCUUUAAAGGCCGUGUUCAGCCAAAUAAAUCCCAACGAUAGCACAGAGACCCCACUCUCUAGCCUAGCAUCAAAUGAAUUUCUACCUACAUUUUCGUGUUAUGCGAAAAUGAAUGAGAUCGAGCAUCGCCUCUCAGAUGUCGAAUUUCGUAUGGCAUCGAUUCACCAAAUCCUUCAAACUGUUCGUCAGCAGCAAUAUCGGGAAUUGAAGGCACGGCAAAUGAGCUAUUCGAAGUCGCGGAAGCAAAGGCAGCGUGACUCCCGCAGAACAUCAGUCCUAGAAGCAGCUGGCGAUGGGGACGGUGAUGGUGGUCCCGGCAAGCAAAUACCCACCAUUAAGGAAAGCAAAAAGGAGACAAGAUCUGAUCCACCAUUAACUCACUCAGGAUCAACCAUGUCCGUGAGAGAAUUGAACCCUUACGAUGAGAGCUACUACGAGUGGCGCCAAUAUCAUAUGAAUCUUUUGCAUUACAAGAAGUCAGAGCGAACUAUGGCCCUGAACAGGCGUCCAACAUUACACCUGAUGAGACCACCAAUCAUCAAGUAUUUCCAGAGUACCGAGAACAAAUACCGGGUUCGCGUCAAGAAACCGUUUUUCAUUGUCACGCCAUCAAGGACAAAUUCUUUUUGGAAAUAAUCGUUGAAGUAGUGAAUGUAAUUUAAAAGAAACAGAAAAAUAUUAUCCUUUGGCCUAUAGUUAUGUACCGUCGUGAACAUGGAGUUCACUGUCAUGAAUAAUAUUAACUUUAAGUAAUUCGAAGAAUGAAUAAUGAAAGCUAACAUAUGCGAUAAA